UGCCGUGUUUGGUGGUAUGAUCGCGUUGCUGCUAGUUCUAACAGUUAUGCUCGCUGUGUAUGUGAAGAAAACUCGAACACUGCUGGAAGACUACAGGAUGGGGUAUAUUGUCGCGUUUGGGGCGUAUAGUUCGUUUGGUUAAAAAAAACACAUCAUUUUCAUUUAGCCACACUGGAGACAUAUCGCAUCCGAAUGGCACGAAUGACGGUGAUAGACGUGGAGAUCGAAGACGGAUGGAUCACGCCCAACAUGGCUACCCGAUGGAUGCGUUUAGCCAUGGAAUGGUACACAAAAGUGACCACACGAAAGCUCGCAACGAUUACAUGCACAACGGGAGAAACAUUAACGGUAACCGGCAUCACGCUGCAGGACCCUAUCGGAACGAUGUGGAAGCAAUGGGGUAUAUGGGUGGUGGCAAACGGGGUGGUGAAAAACCGAUGAAACCUAACCCACCGCACAAGCCACCCCGCAGUCAGGCCAGUGUAGAGGACUCGGCGCUCGAGCUAGAGGUGGCCAACAUCUUCGAUAUGGACGAGCUGGAUGAGGAGGACCUGUCGGACUUUAACAGUGGCGGUCACGGUGAUGCGAAGGACCCUGCGCGGUACAUGGGCAACGGUGCGGAUGGACCGGCGGGUCGUUCGAAGCGACCGGCAACCGGACAUCAGUACGAUCGGGAAAUGGGCCGGAACGGUGCCAACGAAGGUCGCAGCAAUCGGUUCCAAAACCCACACGCGGCCAUGAAGUCGAAGGGUGGUGGCAAUGUCAGAGGGUUUGCCGGUGAUGAUGGGGCGGGCGGAAAGCAGAACCAGGGAUACUUCGAUGAUAGGGGCAGCAUGUACUGAUAAGCGAUAGUGACAUGACUGUUGAAAUGAUAGGGAUUGUGUUUUUUUUAUAAGUAAUACAGGCUCUUUUUUGUGUAUAAAGUUACAUCCUUGCCCCAUUCCGUAUCAGUGGGAGUAUAAGUUAAGAAGAAGAAAAAACUAAUUAGAAAUAGUUACUACAUGCAGCUGUCAGUUAGCUGUCAAACUGACAGCGCGUAACAAACAAAUUAGUAUCUAAGUAACUCAACAUGAAACUGAUGAAACUGAUUGCGGGCAUUGCUGUUGUUUAGUAUGUGCGCUUUUUAUUUACAUCAAUAUCGUGUUAAUUGAAUCAAGGAAAGAAAUUUAGUUUCAAUUCCGUUGCAUUCAAUCAAAGUAAUUCGACCGCAAUGGUGGACCGCUGGCUGGGAACGGGAACAUUAUAAUGUAACACCGCAAUUGGGAGAAACUUCUGUUACCUACUCAUGUGCUUGCUUCAUGAAACAAAAACGAAAAACAAAAAAAAAGCCGGACACUAAAGCAUGCUCACUCAUACGAUUACGGCAGCCACGAUGAAAGCGAACCCUCCGUGACCGGGGCACGAUUGAAUAAAUGUGUUUUGACGGAGGCGGACAUAAAAAAAGGGCGAAGCGUGGAGGAGAAGAAGGACACAACACAAGGGACCGAUGACCGGUAUGGGUCGUAACAGACGGUGACCUAAUUUUGCGUCUGCUCCCGGUGGCCUUUUUGGCGUGAUGCGUGGAAUAAAAAACACAAUCCAGAAGGGAUCUCGCGAUCGCCUGAAAUGGAGAUCGUUGUUUUUGUCGGGAAUUCAUUCGCAAAAAAACAAAUAAAACGGAAACGAUUCACGGGCCACAUUUGCGUGAAAUAUUUCAUCAUGCUAUAAAAUAUUUAUAGUAAAUCGAAUGCACUUUGGGAAAACUCCUCUCACAAUGGACGUAGACAAAGUUCGUCUAAAUUAGGGUCGCUCCUUUUUUCCGGUUACGAUCGCUUUCGUUUAUCGCUAGACUGUGCUGAAAGUUACCAUUUUUUUAUCGGUCAUUGUUAUAAUCCUCCUGGGGGGUGGACUCGUUAUUAUCACACUUAUACGCAGAAAUUUGGAAUUUCCGUCAGUGCAUUCAUUUACCAGUGUCACGGUCUGUUUUCGCUUCACCUGCUAUCUCGCUUCAGGAGUGGAAGUUCAUCGAACUCAUCACCUGUCACAUCGUCAUCGGUACCGAAAUUGCAUCGCCUAUCUCGGUGCAAUAAUACAAAUGAAACAGAGCAUACACAUACGCGUGCACAAGUUAUUUACUGUUCCUAUUACACCAUUAAAAGGGGAUGUUUUUUUCUUAUUUUUUGAGGAUUUACUACCCUCUUCAACCCUCUUCCCAGUCUCAGACGUUCAGAAGGUUUACAGGGGUUUUAAAGAAGUAAUCGUAAAGCUGUAACAAUUUAUUGAUACUUUUCCAGUUGAAUUGGAAUGUGUUGAUUAGAAUUUUUCUACCUUUCUUGAGCUUCUAUAACUUAACCUUUAACCCUUGAACCUAAAAAAACGCCGUGAAAUGCUUGAAUUGAAAAACCCUGUAAAUGUGCAGCAUCAAAUUUUGCUAUCUUUUUCCGGCCUUUCCCCCCCACAUUUAAGGCAGGUUUGUUGCGAUCAACAAAAUAAAGAAAACCGAGUAUAUCUGUACUGAGUGAGCAGUAGAGUAGACCAAAACAAAACGAAAAAAAAAUGCAAAAUUUGCUUCCCGUCAUGGAAAAUUCCAUACGUUUUUUUUCCGUUGCUGCGUUGUUUACUUUUGAGACCUACUUUUACCGUGCAGCAGCAGUUGCAACUGGUUGCAUAAAAAAAAAUGUAUACCCCACACUGUUCCUGCCUUGGGUUUGGAUGUGAACAUUUUUGGGGUGCAGUAUCUUUUUUUUUAUUUUGUUCAUUUCUCACAUACGUACACGAAUACUCAUGCAGGAAAAUUUGAUGUUUACUUGAUCACUUAUCUCAUCACGUCAGUUGCCAGGCGAAUGCACCCCGUUGCACUUUAUAACAGAGGGUUGAAAAGGGGGCGAGGGAGAUGUAGUAGAGAAAUGAAUUUUGAAUGGUGGAGGAAGGGUUUCCUUUUUUCUUUAUUAUUACCCAUUCCUUCAAAACAGAACAAACCGAUGGUGUUUUGUUUUUGUAUUAUUUUUUGCAAGCUUUCAAUCGUUUAAAACGGGGUCACCACCAUUCCGGGAGCGUUUUCGGUUCGAUGGGCGAAAAGGAAGAUGGUGGAACCAUUGUUAUUGCAAUGAAGAAGGUUUCUGCACGUAGAUGGCCAUUCUUAAACUGCUGCUUUUUUUUUACAUCAUCAUUGUGAAUUCCUUUAACGCGUUUGCGUCCAUAUCGAUUACCACAGGUCGGUUUCACUUGUUGUGAAUCUUAUUUUCGUGUGAGCCCUUGAGUGACGGUUCUCUCUUUGUUGCUGCUGGUUUAUUAUCGAACGUUGAGUGAUUUUGCAUCCCGAAUGCAUCAAUAUUGACUAACUUUUUCCAGCAUUUGUUGGGUUAUCGGUACACAUGUAGAAGAUUAUCUCAGUGCCGGAAGCCUUGAUAAAAUGUGUCACGACUUGGAACGCACAUAUUUGUGCGCUGUGGCAAUAAAAUGAGGUCAGUUUGGUGCAGUACGUUUUGCGGUUUUUUUUCUCUCCUGCUUUGUUGCAGUUAAUGUCUGAGUGUAAUGUCGUGAUGUAGCAUUUCCUACUCUUCAAGGAUUCAUUAUCAGAUAUGUGUGUUAAAUAGGGAAAUGGAAGAAGCAUGUCACAUAUGGAAAAAGAAACGAGGAAAGUGUUACACAUUGUAAAUUCUAUUUACAAUAUAAUAGGAAUAAUAUUCAACACAAUUUCUAACGAAAUAUGAUCAACUGAAUCAAAAAAACCAACGUCUGAAGGCAUUACUUUCAUGCGAACGAAACAACGUUUGUCUUACGGUAGCGAAACUCUCGUAACAAACAGAUGAAAGUAAUUUCCUCGAUUGGCAUUUCCGUGCCUCACCCAGCCCCAGACCCACAGUCCGGACGGUGGCAAGCGGCGCUAGGAGAUAGCACGGACCGGCAUUGAAUUAUUCAAACCGGCACACACUUGACCCAAUUCCGAGUGAGGAUUCUCAGGGGAGGGAAAACAUUUAGCAACGAAUGGAACGAGUUCAGACGCAAAGAGAACGCACAAUAUGGUAGGAUUAGCGAAGUCAUAAAGCUUACAGUUCGUGACAAAAAGUAUUCUCGCUCUAAAUAUUUAGAAAGACAGAGAGAGAAAGAGAGGAGAGAUGAGAACUACAAAAGAAAACACAGAAAAAGUUUGUUCGUUGUUGUUAGUAAACUUUCUUCGGGUAUUUGAAGUUUGUUUGAUGAGCUCAGCAGCUCUCUCUCUCUCUACACUCUCUUUUCUACUCGGCUCAUGUUGCUAUGUAAGUUGUGUGUGAAGAUGGGAUUCGAACCACCACGAUCAAGUGUGUUAGACAAACCUUCAACGCUGAGGACCAUCGAGCUGCUGAGAAUACCAACAGUCAAACAUUCAAUAUAAAUGAUGCAAUAACAACUGAAUGGAAUUAUUGUUAGCACAAAAUUAUACUGAUUAACCAUUUAAGGCAUUUUAAAUUAAAAACUUAAUAAUUAAAAAAUAUAUUACAGAGCUUUAACUUUUCGCACCCUUUCACCGGCUAUUAAUUUCAGUUAGUUUAAAAAACACAUCCAUCUGACCGCAAUUCCCAGCUUCAAACCCACGCGACUUUCCACUUCCAACGAUUCCGCUUCCGCCGGCUCGAAAUGAAGUUGAAUGGCUCGUUCGUUGCGGUUGGCCCUGACAGUGGCCAAUGUCUAGGCAUUGAUAUUGAAGUUGAAGCCACCAUGGUUGGUGGCCGUGUGUAUGAAGUGAAAGCGCUUAUGCUUUGGCGCCCGGCAGCGUUAUGUCAGAGCGUGGGGGCGCCUCCGAACAGCAUGCAAAAGGCGUACCUUACUAUUGCCAUCGAUGUUAUGCUUUGUUUCGGGUCGAAACGCUUGUAAAAUUAUACCGCACAAAAGUCAAAGUCAUGGCCAAGUAGAAAAAGAUAGAAAAAGGCGUUUUUUCUGAUUAUUCAUUAUGCUGUCAAAAGCAUUUUCACAAGCUACAAAACAAUUGUUUCUUACUGUUUUCUCGUACGAUCUAGAACAAAUUAUAACCUAGUUUUACUUAUUCAACAUCAUAAUUAAUCACUAUAAAUAAACUCACCCUAGUGCGUACGUUGCUUAGCAACAAGGCAAAAGAAAAACAAAUAAACAUAUUUUUCCUAUACGUUACAAUUAUGCUUACCUGAAUGCGUUCUGAUCAUUACGCACGCCGGAUGGCUAAGGUUAUUACAGGCCCGAAAUUAUACGUUUCACCGAUACGAACAAUCAAUUAUAUCAUUACGCGCCAGGAACCGUUGCGAAUUGCGCAACUUGUGCAAGUGUUGAUUCAAUUUUUCUACACAUUAAUUACCCGAUGCGGUAGAUAAUUUUAUGCUUUCCUUCACUUUAGCUUCACCA